CUAGUGUGUUUGUCACAAGGGUUUUGUCAUUUUUAUUUAAUUGUCACAAAUUAUUUACCUAUUUAUGAGUUACGAUAAUGCAGAUCCUCCUAAGAACAAUCAAAAAAAUGAUGAAACAAGUGAAAAUGAAGAUUCUAACAUGGAUGUUAAUCAUAUAAAUGAUAUAAUUAAUAAAACCUCCGAUGAGUUGACUGAAAUCAACAUAUUUAUUUCAGAAUCUAAAUUCGAAGAUAUAAAGAAAAGAAACAGUUUUAAGCGAAAAUGUCUUAAAUUGAUGGGCAUGUUAUCGACGAUGGACAAAAAAGAAUUUGAAAGCGAAGUUAAAACACUUUACAAAUGUUGUCUAAGAGGCGUAAAAGACUUACAUGAACUCCAUUUGAGACGAAAGAUCGGCAUACAGAUAAUUGAAAAUUUAGUAGAAAGAGCGAAUCCUGAUUAUCUGACCAUUCAACACGUAAUUCAUAUUAUUUGGAGUAUGAUUAGUUGUAUCCAUCAUUUUCAAUUAAGACUUAAAACCGAAAGCUCAGGGAUAAUAGCAUGGUCAAGAAAGAGGGAAGCAGAAUACUGUAUGAGUGUAUACUUCAAAUUACUAACAUUGAUUAAAGAACCUCACCAAAGAGUAGCCUUAAACUCUAUACUUACCUUUUAUAAAGAGGGAAAAUUAUGGGAAAUCGAAUUUGGUUGUACAGAUAUGAUAGUAGGUCUUUUUGAACUAAGACCCGCAUCAGACAGUAUCGACGAUAUUAUUUUUACUAUAGAAUAUUCCACCAUUACCAGCACUCAAGAAGCUAAAUAUCUUACAGAACUUUUAUAUAACAUUGUAAGGAAAAUAAAAUGGAAGAAUAUACCGCAAUAUAUACUAGAGAAAUUUCUAAAUAUGAUGGAAAGCAGCAUUUCUCCAAAACCACAAGAAAUAUAUAAUUACAGCUCAUUAAGAUUGGGUUUGGAAAAUUGCAUUCGAAAUAUAAUUAACAAUCUCAACAGUCACGAUUUAAUUAUAUUAAUCUACCUAACAAUAAACAAAAUUAACGAAUACGAUGAAGAUGAAGACAUGAUUUUUACAUUAGGAAAGUUAUGCAUUCAUGCAGCAUAUAAAUACAAGACGAACACAAAAAAUGCAGCUCUAGCUAGAGGACCACUACCUAUAGUCUUUAAAUUAUUCUUUUCGCAAAAUCCUAUAAAAACCAUCAUUGCAUUAAAAAUCUGGCAUCAUCUUGUAGAUAGAAAUGAUAAUAUAAAACAUUUUCUGACUCCAAAAAUUUUCUUUCAAGAAUGCGAUUUUAAGUUAAUAAUAAAAAAAUGUCAUAAUCGCGACAAAGCUUUUUUCAAAAGAGUGAAACAAAUCGUAUAUGAAAUAAUAAUGGGUAGCUUCUUGACUUGUGAUGAUAAGACGGGUCUGGAAAAUACAUUUGCCUGCGUAGCCAUAACUCUUGUGGAUAUUCCGUGUGGAUAUACAGCAUCGUGUUUCGUUACUGUAGCGAUGAGUCUGCAAGAGUAUGCACUACGGUUGACUCCAGUGAAUAGGUUGAGAUCUCAUCACUUGCAUGCCACAGUGUUAUCCAUCUUGACUCUGAUUUGCUAUAUCUAUAAAGCGCAAGUGUUCUAUACGUACGUACUUACAGUCAUGGAAAAAAGAGCAGAAUGGGCUCCUCAUUUAAAUCCACCAUUAAAAACACAUUACGAGUAUGCCCAACACCACAUUCUAUGGAAUAGACCUGACCUAUUUUUUGAAGACUGGGAAGCACGAUAUGGUUUGUGGAAGUGUUUUAGAGGAAGAAAAAAAUUGAGUUAAGCUAUAUUGACUUGGAAGCAUCAAAAUCAUUAUGCGGUCAACGCGAAAACCACUGACGACUUUUUAAAGUUAUUUUAAGUAUGUAGAUUUAUGAAAAUACUUUCCAGA